AUGUGGUAUCCAGAAAUGCUCCUUGGGUUGAGUUUGGUUUUUCUCGGUUUAUUUCAAGUGAGCGAUGGAUUACCGACCUACAAAAGAUCAGGGUAUCGGUGUAACGAGAAUGAAAUUUAUUCCUGUUUAGGACCAAUAUCCUCAAUGGUGAACCCCCUACAGACCGACCUGGCUGCUAUUGGUAAGGGAGGGGACAUGAAUGGAUUUUGUUUAUUGGUCAGUGAUGCUCAGAAAUGCAUCAACAAUAAGUUGGUAGAAUGUUACAACAAGAAUUCAGAUCUUGCUGUUCAGACAUUAAAUGGUAUAUUAGGGUAUCUGUGUGGUGAUGGAAGACAGGUAUUUCAAGAAGAAGCAAAAUGCUGGGAUGAUCCCGACUUUAAAGAUGGGAUGGCGCAUUGUCAGAAAAUAGCUCAGAGGCGCAUCUCAUCCUCAACUAUCAUUGCUGAUAGAUGCGAUGCCUUAGUGAACCUGAAUGAUUGUCUGGGGAUAAUGACAGGACGAGUUUGUAACAGACAAGCCGGAGAAUUCAUGAUGGAAAUGAUCUACCGAGGAUUAAAACCAGCCAAAAAAUUUAUGGGAUGCUCGUUUGGAUUUCGACUUGGAUGUAAGUAUAUCCUGAGGGCGAAAGUUUGGUGGACUAGUGUCAAUGAUUGCGAUCAAAAACAGGAAUCUUGA